CAGAGGAGAGUCCAGUGGUGCAGGUGCCUGUGUGUCCACAUGUGACUGCUGCUCCAGCUGUGUGCUGCUUCUCCAGCUGCGCUGCUGCUCCAGCUGCGCGCACACUUCAGGGUGUGACAGGAACACGCAGCCUGUCAGUCAGCUCUGUGCGCGCUGCUUUCCGGAUGACUUGACUCCUCUCGCUGAUGUGUCUCUGGAUGUUUUCUACCCUCAGUGGUUUGUUUGUGUUCUGAGCCAGAUGUUCUGGAGGCUGCGGCUGCGGACAUCCAGCGGUUUCCCUUCUUCUAGUCUCUGUGCCGAUGCAGCUGCUGGUCGGGGGCGCUGAAGUUGAAGUCCCGCUCCUGAAGGCGUGAACUCCAAAUGCAUUCGCUCCUGGGCCGGGAGAAGAAAGAAGAAGAAGCCGGGUUCGGGAUCGAUCGGUCGGGUCUGUCUCCGGGCUUUGCGCCCCACGCCGCCACCAUGUUCAGCUGCGUGGGCUGCUUCUGGGUGCUCCUCUCCUCCGCUCUGGUCGCCGUGUGCAGCUUCAGCUUCAUAUCUCCUGCGUGGAUUGUCAAGGACCAGCUGAGGAACAGCCUCCACCACCACCAGCAGCCCCAGCACCACAGCAAGGACUCCGUGAGCUUCGGCUUGUUGUGGCACUGCUCCGAGUCCCUGGAUCACAUGUACCGGUGCUACACCUUCGGGGGACUGGGCAAAUUCGCAGAGAUCCCCUCCAGCUCCUGGCAGACCAGUGCGGUGCUGUGUUCAGGCGGCUGUGCUCUGCUGGCUGUCAGCUCCCUGUUGGCCAUCAUCACCAUCUUCCUGCCCAGUGGAGGAUGUGAGAGGAGGAUCUGCACCCUGGCUGGUUACAUGCAGAUGGCUUCAGUGUUCAUCAUGGCUGCCGGACUGCUGGUCUACCCCUUCGGCCUGAACUCUUCUCUGGUCAGGUCCUUCUGCGGGGACUCCGACAUCUACUACGCCGGCGAGUGCCAGAUCGGCUGGGGCUACAUGCUGGCGAUAGUCGGAGUCAUGCUCACCGUUUUUCUGCCCUUUUUUGCCAAAUAUGCACCGAAGGAGCAGCUGUCCCCCACCCCUUUGCCCACGCUGUUAUAGUGCAUGGAAAUGAAGUCUUGUGGUUUCUUUAUUCCCUCCUGACGACACUCUCUGACCUGGACGUGAUGUCACAGAGAGACGCCUGCAUCAUCCAUUUUUAAUGCUGAAUAUUGAUGCUGUUUGGGAAUCCCUACUCACUGAAGCAACUAACAGUCUUCCUCCAUCAUUUAAAUUCAUGUUAUUUUAAAUGGAAUGUUUUAUGUUACAAUAAAACCCUGUGGUCAUUAUUUUUAUCCUGCAGCCUGUCACAAGGUUUCUACAGUUUGACUUAUUUGUUUUUCUUCGUGUCACAGGAUGCAAAAAGUAAUAACCCCAUUUCAAGCAAUUUAAGAAAAUGUCCUCAAGUACCUGCUUCAAAUGUUUUUUUUUCUUCUUCUUCUGCUCCGUUGUGGAAACGAGUCAACAUUCAGUACGACACAUUCCAACACAGACUGGAAGUAAAGAUGCGACUCGGGCAAGGUUUCUGGCUCGACUCGAACAAUCAAGUAACGUUUCAGCACGAGGUUGUGACUCAAAGAGAGAGACACUUUUUAUUGGUCGAAAUGCAUCUGUGGAUUUUGACUGUACAUAUGGUGUUUUGGGCUGUAUAUAUAUACACAUAUAUAUAUAUUGGGUCCUGGUUUAACAAAAAUGAUGUUUGAGAUUUCAAAUGAUGGAUUGAUUGAACAGUGAACUCCGACACUUGGAGGGAUUUUUUCUCUUUUGACUUUUCCUGUGGGAGUCGAGAAGCGAGGGACGAUAAACAGAGCAUCAGACCUGACUUUUCCUGUGGGAGUCGAGAAGCGAGGGACGAUAAACAGAGCAUCAGACCUGCCGAGAGGACAAGUCGAAAAUACCUUCUCAUAACAGCAAAGUGAAUAAUGAUUAACCGGGAGUGGUUUCAGAGCAGUGUUGUCAAAAACGUUUAUGUCGUGAUAUAACCUCUUUUUGUUAACCUUCUCCCCAGAAUUGUUUGUGUGAUGUGACUUGCUUGUUUAACAUGAACAACGUUUUGCCUGCAACACACAAUACUUAACACUAAUUCAGGAACAAAAAAAGAUUGCAAAAGGCAGGGAGCUCUAGGAAUUUUGUCAGAAAUGCAUGAUAAAGAUGGGCUUUGUUAAUGGUAGAACAAUUGAUCUAGAUUUUAAAUGUGAUCGGACCAACUUGUGCCUUUUAACAUAACCAAGACAAGUGUUAAAUACAAUUAUCAGGUUGACAUCUUUUUCUGCUGAAAAACUGUGGAUCCUGUUGUGUGAAGUGACUGAUUGUUUUUCUUUUUUCCUCGUAUAAUUAUCCUCUCAGAAGCAAAGUGUUUCUCACGUUCUUGAUACAGAAUGAUCUCAUUAACUUGAGGAAAAAUGUCUAGGGGGGGUACUAAUCCUCAGAGGUAAUGGCAGAGAAGGGAAAAAAAGGAAAGCGGUGCACUUGGAUUCAAAUAAUGCCCUGAGAUAUUUUUUUCCAAUUAUCUAAAAGCGUUAGUUCACAUGAAUCGCUUUAUUAAAAGGUUGCGACAUGUGGCUAACAGAUUAAUUCCUGGCAUCCUUGUCUUAUGUGAUUUAGAGUUUGAAGUGUUGGAGGGAGUGGCUGUACAAAUUGAACAUCGCCUGUUGUCAUCUGUGCUGAGCUGACACAUUAGUCACAUCAUGUGUAAAACGUGGUUUAAAAGAAUUAACUCCUCAUGUAAGCAAAAUGUGUUGGUGUGUUUGUUUGUCAACCCACGUCUCCUUUUGAGCGUUGGCCCCCUUCCUGUCAUGUUCUGAGGACAAACUGUCCACAUCUCCACUUCCGGUCCCUGUACACUGCCAACUGAAUUAAGCUGGACUCCCUUUUCUAGUGGGUGUUUAUGUGCGUAUUUGUGUUUUAAUAAUGGUUUGGAGUCUGCCAAUGUGUAAAAUUUUAAGUAUUCCAAACAUUUGGGUCUCCCCCACAAUCGUAUCCUGACAUUUGGAAAAUGACUAUGAUUAUGUUGCCAUAUUUGGAAGGUCAGGAUAUACAUUUUGGUAUUGUAUUGGACCUCAUACUGUGCUCGGCUGUGGGAAUGAUUGGCGUGACUGCAUUGGACUUGUUCCCUUUAUUCGUUUGGACCAUUGUGUGUAAAGUCUCAGCACUGGUGAACCUGUUUUCUGGUAGAGUAGACCAUUGCGUUUUUUUCCAUUGUGAUGUUUGACUGUAAAUAAACUAACUGUACUUGAUAUCACAUGUUAUUCUUAACUGCCCCGUUUUUCAAAGAUAUAUUUUGAGAUAUUACCUCAUCGUGUUUGCUUUACCUGAAUUCACCUCUAAAUAAUGUCUGCUGUUCUGUGAAUUUUUCUUUGUAAUAAAAAAUACUUCAGAACUUACAA